CCAAAUUUCGUCUUCUGCCAACCCAAAGAUAGCACAAGCGAUGAAGGUAGUAGCUUUAGCUUUAAAUUUAAUAAUAUUCAGGUGAAAAGUAAUCUUUCUGAUCUUCUCAGCGGGCGGAUGGAAAGCAAAGGGCCCGUUUGUGAGGAAUGUGCGGAUGUUUUAAUCAAUAAUCAACUCAAGUUGAUCGCUUAUCAGAAAAAGUGUAUCGAUAACCUUGAGAAAUUUCUUGAACAUUUGAAGGCUCAAUCGGACAUUGAGUUUCCAUCGGAAGAAUUGACUAUGAGCAAGCCUUCUAAUGAUGUGUAUACGUUCUUGGGUUUAUUGAAAGAUGAAGAACCACUGCAAACCCAAGAUAAGGAAUGUAGUGCUAAUGAUGGUACCCCACGGAGUGUAGAGGAGUCUGAUGGUGACGAAACUGCCACAAAGUCCCGAUUAGUCCAAUUUCGAAAUGAGUUGAGUUCUGUUCAGAAAAAGCGAAUGGAACUUCAAAGAGAAAAUGAGCAAUUAGAUGAGGACAUUGCCAAUGCCAGCUCUGAGCUGAACCAGUGUGAAGAAGAACUUGCUCGAGCAAAGAUGGAAUACAACGAACUACGAGUCAAGGUGAUGGAAGGCGAGGAGAAAUUGAAUAUGCUUGAAGCUCGUUUCACUGAUGGACAUCAACAGUACAAGCGUCUCCGACAUACGAAUGUUCUCAAUGCCACCUUUCCCAUUUGGUAUGAUGGGCAUAUAGGUAUUAUUAACAGCCUCCACUUGGGUCGCCUUCCUUCUAAUCCGAUCAGUUGGGCAGAGAUCAAUGCAGCUCUGGGUCAAUGUGCAAUGCUUGCCACAUGUCUUGCCAAGAAGUUUUCCUACACUUUUAAAAAUUAUGUGAUAACCCCCAUCGGAAAUCAAUCAAGGAUUGCCGCUUUACCGAAUGGUUCUCCUAUGCCCCUUUAUAACGCCUCAGGAGCAAUCCGUUUGUUGGGCAAUAACAGCAGCGGUUUUGACACUGCUCUGGUGAUGUAUUUGGAUUGCAUUGGCCAACUUCAAGCACUAGUAGAACGACCCCCAGAUUUCUGUCUUCCAUACAAAAUUGUGGAAAACGGCCGUAUUCAAGACAGAAGCGGUUCGCUUCACUCUAUCAAGUACUCAGACAAUACUGAGGAGAAUUGGACAAGAACCCUGAAAAUGUUACUCAUUGAUCUCAAAUAUAUUAUUGCAUCUACCCUCCGAAAUCCGACAUGA